AAAUACAGAUAUUAUAGUUCUUCCCCGAUUGAAAGUGACGUGUUCCAAUGAGGGGAAAUUCUCAACAUUUACGGCGAUAUAUAAAAGAUGCUCAGCAUCCCAACAAUCAUCAUUCAGCUCUCAAUCGUCUUACAGUAUUAGACUAUUAAACAAAAAAUCAAAAUGAAAGGACCACUCGCCAUUGCUAUUGCAAUUUGCUUCUUUGCAUUUGCAUAUGGAUUUAGAAUUCCUCAAGGUUCGACAAUAGGUGGAUUUCCUCCAAGCGGUGGAUUUCCACCAAGAGGUGGAUCAUUUCCUCCAACUUCAACUGGUCCCUACAAUCCCCAAAUGCCACAAGGGCCAGUGAUGCGAUUCAGACGGUACGCUGAUCCUCAAGGAUCAAUCACUCUUGAGGGAAUGAAACCACUUAGUGGACCCGAUCAACGUCCAUCUGUUAAUUUAGACUACAAUCAUAGAUUUUUAAAUAACGAUCGUACCCACGGUGAUGCUUAUGGAGGAGCCACUUGGCAUCAAGGUGGUCCAGUAGUACCCCACGGAGGAGUCAGAUUCGAUCAUCAUUUCGGACGUGAUGGAAAUGGAUUUGUCGGAGGAUUCGGACAAGUUCAACCUGGACAUCAUGGCGGAGUACAACCUUCAUUUGGAGUUCAAGGAGGUUUCAGAUUCAGACGAGACCUUGAAGCCGAAGACGAGGAAUCUUUAGAAGACGUUGACAGUUUAGAAGAAUAAAGAAUCCGCAUAUAAUCCAAAAUCAUCAAAUAUUUAUCAAUCAUAUCAUAAGGCAUCGGAAAAAUAGAUUUUUAAAUACUUCUCAAGAAGUUGCAUUUAAUAAUUUAAUUUUUAUAAAAUAUGUAAAUAAUUUAGGUUUAGAAACGAAAUUAUAAUUUUUAAAUAGAAAAAGAACUGCGUCAGCAAAUAAUUUGUAAGCAACGAGUAUUAGUUACAGGAAUAAGUAGUCAAAUGAUAACAUCAGUAACUUCGAUAACAUCCUUAAAAUGUUUCGUAUUAGGAGACAAAAUAUUGUAUAUAAUCUAAAUUCAGUUUUUCAAUAAAGUGCCAUUUAUAAGAUGGUAAAAAGAA